GUGAAAGAAGCCGCAACACACACAUUCACGCACGCACACCACCACCCGAUAUCAUCACCGCCAGCAACAGCGCUUGUCUUGACUGACGUCCAUCACUGUUCUUCUUCGUGCUAGCCACACAUAACAACAACAACACCAAAGUCAUGUCUUUCCUUGCCCGUAUUUCCCGAACCGCCGUUGCCGCCGUCCGCAUGGCCCCUGCUGUCCGUGCUGCACAAGCAACACAGCUUCAGGCGCGCUUCCGCGCCGUGCCAGCACUGCAGGCUGUGCGCUUCCAGGCCACCUUCUCGCAGGAGGACGUCGAGAGCCGUGUCCUCAACAUUCUUCAGAACUUCAACGCCAUUGAGAACAAGGAGAACGUGUCUCUCGAUGCCCACUUCAUCAACGACCUUGGCCUCGACUCCCUGGACGCCGUUGAGAUUGUCAUGGCCGUCGAGGACGAAUUCUCCGUUGAGAUCAGCGACCAGGACGCAGAGAAGGUGCUCACUGCCCGCGACGUGGUGAAGCUCGUCAUGGGCCAGGAGUAAAGAGACAAGCCAACCAAGGACGCGUGGUUCUGUGGUUUUGUGCUGUGUUGUAGUGCGACUCUUUGUAUUUCUUUGACGUGCAAAUUUGUGUGUGCGCAUGAGGCAUUCGUCGCGAGCAACGCGUGACGUUGCCGCAUGGUGCAUGUGAGUGACCAAGAGCUGGAGCUGGGAGGGAGGCGUUGAGCUGUGAAUGUUUGGCGGUGUUGACGCGUGAGUGCAGCGUGUUCUCGUCAAGUUCACAAGCAACAAAGCAAGCAAGCAAGCAAGCGAGGUUGGUUGUGGAAAGUUGUGUGUGCCAUGCGUGGAUUUCGG